CGCUGGAGCCGGUGGGGGCUGCCUCGGCGCUGCGGCUUCCGCAGCCGGGUUUGCUGGGAGGCUGCCAGCCACCUGCCAUCUCCUCCUCUGCAGGCAGCCUGCGGGCAGCUCUGCCCUCUCCUCGCCUCCCUGUCUGUGUCUGCGGUGACAAAAUGACCCGCCGGAGGUAGAGGGACGCGAGGUAGGGUCCCCACGCAGCGCUGGAGCGGAGGCGAUGGGGAUGCGGCCGCCGCACGCUGCGGGAAAGGAUGGAGGUGUUCAGGGCCUCCCAGCCUAGAAACGGGAGAGAGGAGGCCAAACAGGGCAAGACAGAGCAGCCAUGGCUGUGCGCGGCCGACGCACCAAGGUGCUCCCCUCCGAACUGAACAAGGUGUGUCCUGAGAGAGGUGACGACCCUCCCACACACUCCAGGACAAUGAGUGACUUCGAGGUGGUCCCCAACCUCCAUCAGAGCAGCAGCAGUGUCUCAAAGAGCCGUCGGAAGGCGCAUUUCCCCAGCGGCAGCAAUGAAAAGGAAAAUCUCAUCUCAUGGAUUCCUGAAAACAUCCGGAAGAAAGAGUGUACCUACUUUGUGGAAAGCUCCCAGACAUCAGAUGCUGGGAGGGUUGUGUGCCAGUGCGGCUAUCUCAGGGAACAGCACCUGGAAGAUGCUGCCAAACCUCCCAUCUUCCUGGGGAAGGAAUGGGAUGCCAGCAGGCACAUCCAGGAAAUGCCAACAGAUGCCUUCGGUGAUAUCCGCUUCACAGGCCUAGGACAGAGGCUGGGGAAGUAUGUGCGUGUCUCCUCGGACACUCCUCCACGGGUGAUCUUCCACCUCAUGACGCAGCACUGGGGCCUUGAUCCACCCAACCUGCUCAUCUCGGUCACAGGGGGAGCCAAAAACUUCAUCAUGAAGCCAAGGCUGAAGAAUAUCUUCCGACAAGGGCUAGUCAAAGUGGCCCAGACCACUGGGGCCUGGAUCAUCACGGGGGGGUCCCACGCCGGUGUGAUGAAACAGGUGGGAGAGGCAGUGCGAGACUUCCUGCUGAGCUGCGGCCACAAGGACAGCGAGAUCGUCACCAUUGGCAUAGCCACCUGGGGGACCGUGUACAACAGGGAGAGCCUCAUCUGCCCCAUGGGUGGCUUUCCAGCUGAGUACGUACUGGAUGAGGAGAACCAAGGCAGCCUGUCAUGCCUGGACAGCAACCACUCCCACUUCAUCCUGGUGGACGAUGGGACCCAUGGGAGGUAUGGGGUGGAAAUCCCCCUGAGAACCAGGCUGGAGAAGUUCAUUUCAGAGCAGACCAAGGUGAAAGGAGGUGUUGCCAUCAAGAUCCCCAUCGUGUGCGUGGUCCUGGAAGGAGGCCCUGGGACACUCGAUACCAUCUAUAAUGCCAUCACCAAUGGGACCCCCUGUGUCAUUGUGGAAGGGUCUGGGCGUGUGGCUGAUGUCAUUGCACAGGUGGCUAGCCUGCCUGUGCCCAAGAUAACCAUUGCCUUGAUCCAGAAGAAGCUGAGUGUGUACUUCCAUGACACCUACGAGCACUUCACUGAGGGCAAACUGGUGGAGUGGACCAAGAAGAUCCAGGACAUAGUGAGGCACCGGCAGCUCCUGACCAUUUUCAGAGAGGGCAAAUAUGGCCAGCAGGACGUGGAUGUGGCCAUCCUUCAGGCCCUGCUCAAAGCAUCCCAAAACCAGGACCACUUUGGUCAUGAGAACUGGGACCACCAGCUGAAGUUAGCUGUGGCCUGGAACAGAGUGGACAUAGCUCGGAGUGAGAUCUUCACAGAUGACUAUGAGUGGAAGCCCACAGAUCUCCACCCUGUGAUGGCAGCUGCCCUGAUCUCCAACAAGCCAGAGUUUGUGAAGCUGUUCCUGGAGCAGGGAGUGCGUCUCAAGGAGUUUGUCACCUGGGACACCCUGGUUUACCUCUACGACAACCUGGCACCAUCCUGCCUGUUCUACAGCAAGCUUCAGAAGGUGCUGCUGGAGGAGAGAGAGCACACAGGCGGCUCCAAGAUGCCAAGGAUCCAACUGCACCAUGUCUCCCAGGUGCUGCGGGAGCUCCUGGGCAGCUCCACACAGCAUCUCUACCCCAAGCCCAAGCACACAGAACGGCCUCGGCUCUCCAUCCCUGUCCCACACAUCAAGCUGAAUGUUCAAGGGUCAAGCCUCCGGUCCCUCUACAAGCGCUCUGCCGGCCGAGUUGCCUUCACCAUGGACCCGGUCCGCGACCUGCUGAUCUGGGCUGUGGUCCAGAACCGCGAGGAGCUGGCCGAAAUCAUCUGGGCCCAGAGCCAGGACUCCAUGGCAGCUGCGCUGGCCUGCAGCAAAAUCCUGAAGGAGCUGGCCAAGGAGGAGGAGGACACUGACACCACUGAUGCCAUGCUGGCCCUGGCCGAGCAGUACGAGCAGAAGGCAAUCGGUGUGUUCACAGACUGUUACCGCAAGGAUGAAGAGAGAGCCCAGAAGCUUCUCACCCGUGUCUCUGAGGCCUGGGGGAAGACCACCUGUCUGCAGUUGGCUUUGGAGGCCAAGAACAUGAAUUUUGUGUCCCAUGGGGGUGUCCAGGCCUUUCUGACCAAAGUGUGGUGGGGGAAGAUGUGUGUGGACAACGGGCUCCUGCGGGUGAUUGCAUGCGUGCUGCUCUUCCCGCUUCUCUUCACCAGCCUCAUCACCUUCAGGUACUUCCUGCGGCUGGGGCGGGCACUGAGGCAGGGAUUUCCUCACCCUGCCUCUGGCUGGGAGAACCUGCCACGGCAUUUCCCUGGGCAGCUGAGCUCUGCUUCCACCCCUGCUGCCCACAGGGAGAAGAGGCUGCAGCACAUGGGCUGCCUGACACGCCUUCGAGCCUUCUUCACGGCGCCUGUGGUCAUCUUCCUCAUGAACAUCCUCUCCUACUUCACCUUCCUCCUGCUCUUUGCCUAUGUCCUGAUGGUUGACUUCCAGUCGUUGCCAUCUUGGCGAGAGUACCUCAUCUACUUCUGGCUCUUCUCCCUGGUGUGUGAGGAGAUCCGCCAGCUGUUGUACGAUCCUGAUGGGCUUGGGGUUGUGAAAAUGGCUUCCCUGUACUUCAAGGACUUCUGGAAUAAGCUGGAUGUCUGUGCCAUCCUUGUCUUUAUCGCAGGGCUGACGUGCAGGCUGAUUCCAUCGACGCUGUACCCCGGGCGCAUCAUCCUGUCACUGGCGUUUACCAUCUUCUGCCUGCGCCUGAUGCACAUCUUCACGGUCAGCAGGACGCUGGGGCCCAAGAUCAUCAUUGUGAAGCGCAUGUUAAAGGAUGUCUUCUUCUUCCUCUUCCUGCUAGCAGUGUGGGUGGUGUCCUUUGGGGUUGCCAAGCAGGCCAUCCUAAUCCACAAUGAGGAACGUGUGGAGUGGCUUUUCCGUGGUGUGGUCUACCACUCCUACCUGACCAUCUUUGGGCAGAUUCCCUCCUACAUUGAUGGGGUGAAUUUCAACAUCGACCAGUGCAGCCCCAAUGGGACUGACCCCUACAAGCCCAAGUGCCCAGAGACAAACGAGGACAACAAGAAACCCAUCUUCCCAGAGUGGCUGACAGUCAUCUUACUGUGCCUGUACCUGCUUUUCACCAACAUUCUUCUCCUCAACCUUCUCAUUGCCAUGUUCAACUACACCUUCCAGCAGGUGCAGGAGCACACGGACCAGAUCUGGAAGUUCCAGCGUCACGACCUGAUCGAGGAGUACCACGGCCGCCCGCCCGCCCCUCCCCCCCUCAUCCUCAUCAACCACCUGCAGCUUCUGCUCCGCCGAGGCUUGCUCCGCAGGCCCCCCACACACCACAAGCAGCUCAAAGAGAAGCUGGAGAAGAACGAAGAAGCUGCCCUCCUCUCUUGGGAGAUGUACCUGAAGGAGAACUACCUGCAGCACCAGCAGUGUCAGGAGAAGCGGAACACAGAGAAGAAGAUCCAAGACAUCGCACAGAGAGUUGAUGUACUGGCAGAGCUGCUGGACUUGGACCGGGUGAAGAGGACAGGGCUGGUGGAGCAGAGACUGGCCUCUCUGGAAGACCAGGUCCACCAGAAUGCCCAGGCCCUGAGGUGGAUAAUGCUGGCACUGCAGGGCAAUGGCUUCAGCUCAGGAGAAGACAUGCCACUUGUGGGCUCCAGCAAAGCCUUGGAGAUGAAGGAGCUUGAUCUGGAGGAGAAACUCGAGGAGACCCAGCCCUCAUACCACGUGCUUGCCCGAAACCUCCUGUACCCAGGGUCUCACACCCUCCGCUUCCCUGUGCCGGAUGAGAAGGUGCCCUGGGAGGUGGACUUCCCACUCUACGCCCCCCCCACCUACUCGGCCGACCACAAGGACAUGGCUGUGCAGGACCCCUUCAGUCCCUCCUUGGAGUCUCUCCUGAAGAUCAACUACAACAGCAUGGACGGGCUGAUAGACCGCCAGAGCUUCCACGGCCUCUACGCGGUGCAGGACGGGCUGCCGCUGAACCCCAUGGGCAGGACAGGGCUGCGAGGCCGUGGGAGGCUGCACUGCUUUGGUCCCAACCAUGCCCUGCACCCCAUUGUGACCCGCUGGAGGAGGAACUUGGAUGGGUCCAUCAUAAGGAAGAGCCUGAAGAAGAUGUUGGAAGUCUUAGUGGCCCAGUACCCACUGUCAGAUGUCUGGGCUCUGCCUGGGGGGUCACUGGAGCCGGGUGAGACGCUGCCACUGAAGCUCAAGUGGAUCCUGCGCCGGGAGUUCUGGCCCCAGUUCCAGAACUUGCUGAAACAAGGCACCGAGGUACACAAGGGGUACCUCGACGACCCCCGCAACACGGACAACGCCUGGGUGGAGACGGUGGCCGUGAGCGUGCACUUCGAGAGCCAGAACGACGUGGAGAUGAAGCGGCUGAACUCGUUCCUUCAGGGCUGCGACCCAGAGCUGUGCAUCCGCUGGCAGGUGCUGGACAAGAGGAUCCCCCUGCACACCAACCACAAGGAGCUCCUGCACAAGGUCUCAACCCUUCUUGGCGCCUACUACUAAGUCCUCAAGCACAGGCCAGGGCUCCUGCUGCCCUGGACCGAGUUCUGCUUGGGACCUGCAUCUCUACUCCAGCUCACCUGUGAGACUAGGGGCAGCUAUUGGAGAGUAGGUACUUUGGUUGUCUCCACGGAUGUACAUCGCAGAUCUCUAGGUGGAAAACUGUCCCCAUCCUAACCAGCUAGGGACAGGGGCUGCUUGGGCAGUUGCCUGCACAGCAUCCCGGUCCCCUGAGACACCAAACUCAGUCCCAGCUUGUCUCUUGGUGCUGCCACAUCAGCCUCGGCACCAGCCCAGAGCUUGGGCCAAGCAGAGCCACAGGGCUGCUCCUGCAAGGUGUUCUUUCUUUCAGCUCCUACCUGCUCUUUGCUUUGGUGUGGGCACUGGGGACUUGCCAGACCCAGCUCUCCCUCCACCCAGAAUAGCCAUCAGGCAUCUCUGCUCUCUGUUCCUGCUCUGAACCCUGGCAGCCCCACAGCCACAGCUCCUGGAGGACUGCUCUGGAGAAGGCUUGGAGUCUUUUGCACCUAAAGGCUCUGCAGGUUGCUCCUGUUGCAACUGUCCCUAUAUCUGUGGUUGCCUCAGACCCAACAACAACUGGUCCUGAGCUGUGACCCAGCACUUCGAAGGUGUGAACAGCUCUUAACUUAUAUACCUACGGUUUCAUAGCUCUGCAAAUGUCUUCCCCUCAUGUCCUGUGCUGCUACCUGCUCCUGUGUGUGUGUGCUGAGCACAGCUAGUAGCUGAACUCUGUCUGAGCCAAGGCACCAGCUAAAUGUCACCUGCCUGCUCCCAUUCCAUCUGCAAAAUGGACACCCAGGGGCAGCUUGCUGGGAUGCAGGGGUGGUUCUUUGGGUGGGUAGGAAGAGGAGAGAGGACAUCAGUGAGUCCAUCUCAGAUGUGUCUGCUCUUAAGGGGUCCUUCACUCACCUUUUCUGUGCCUGAUGGGAGAAGAACAAGGCACAGUGAGUGCAGACAUUUCUUGAUAGCCUAAGUACAGCCCCACAGCGGCACAUUAUGCCUGGGACCAUGCAGGGAGAGAGGUCUCCAUGCCUCCACCCUCUCCCAGUGGAUCAGACCUUGGCAAGCCAGGGCUGUUCCUCUCAGCCAGGGGACCACAGCACAGCUGCACGUUCACCAGUGAGGCACUGGGGCCUGGCAAGGAGCAGGGUGGGUCAGACUGGCAAUUUAGUCAAGCUAAUUGAAUAAACCAUGUAUG